CACCCCUUCCCUCCUUGGACCUUCCAGCUUCCCGCUUUCCCCCGCCGCUCGGGACGCGGGCUUGGUGAGCAGUUUCGCCGGUGUCUAGGCCUGCGCACUGGCAGGAGGCAGACUCAUCCACCUUUAGCUGAGAUGGAAGAUUUUCGAGGGAUAGCAGAAGAAUCAUUUCCAAGCUUUCUAACCAAUUCAUUAUUUGGUAACAGUGAGAUUUUGGAAAAUGUCACUCUUUCUUCAAAUCUUGGCUUGCCUGUUGCAGUUUCCACACUUGCUAGGAAUACAUCCAGCACUGAAAACAGAUAUCCUGAUAUCCAGGCAUCUUACUUAGUAGAAGGGAGAUUUUCAGUUCCAUCUGGGUCAUCUCCCAGAAACCAGAGUGACACUGAACCAAUAGAGAGGGUACAGCUUAGCUUCCAGGAUGAUGAUUCUAUCUCUAGGAAAAAGAGCUAUGUGGAAAGUCAACAUUUGUCAAAUGCUUUCAGGAAACAGUCAGCUUUCCAAAUGGAGACAGUAGGACCAGAAGAGGAGCCAGGUGGAGCUACAGAAUCCUUGCAGGGCCAAGAUUUCUUCGACAGGGCAUCACCAUUGGAACAAGCACAAGACUCACCUAUUGAUUUUCAUCUACAGUCAUGGAUGAAUAAUAAGGAACCCAAGAUUAUUGUGCUUGAUGCUGGAAAACAUUUUGAAGACAAGACUCUAAACAGUGACUUAAGCCACACUAGCUUAUUAGAAAAUGAGAAACUUAUGCUACCGACAAGCUUGGAAGAUUCUUCUGAUGAUGAUAUUGAUGAUGAAAUGUUUUAUGAUGAUCAUUUGGAGGCUUAUUUUGAGCAACUGGCAAUUCCAGGAAUGAUGUAUGAAGACCUAGAAGGACCAGAACCUCUAGAAAAAGGUUUUAAAUUACCUACAAGUGAUCUUAGUCAGGCAAAUGAAAACAGUAGCUUAAACUGCAAGUUUCAAUCAGAAAAUAACAGCUCUCUGAUUUCUUGUGGCUCACACUCUUCUGAAACAACUUACAGAGAUUCUCAGGAAGGCCAAAUUAUUUGUCUGCCUGGGACUAAUAACUCUGUAGGUACUGGAGGCAGUAGAAGGCACACAGAUGGUAUGUUACCAUUUUCCUGUGAUACUUGGAGAAUUGAGAAAGAAAUGGAAAAUUUGAACAAUUUUGUUCCAGAUCUUAGCAGCGAAAGUGCAAGAAAAGAUGUUUUGGUGAAGACCCUCAGGGCUACUGACGUGAAACUUAACUCUGAUAAUUUUCAUGAUGCAAAUGCUGAUGGUGGCUUUGACCCAACUGACCCUGUAAAACAGGAGACAGAGUGUCCUCAUCAAAAUAAGACAGUUUUGCACAUGGAUGGAUGUUUGGACACUGAGACUCCUAAAAUGUCCGUUCAAGAAAAUGUGGAUGUAGCGUCUUUGAAGCCUAUCAGUGACAGUGAAAUUAAUUUCACUGAUGCCGUUUGGUCACCAACUUCUGAAAGGCGAACAUGUGAAUGUCACGAGUCCAUUGAAAAGAAUAAAGACAAAAGAGAUCUCCCACAGAAUGUGGUCUAUCAAAAUGAAGAGGGUAGGUGGGUGACGGACCUUGCCUAUUACACAUCUUUUAAUAGCAAACAAAAUUUAAAUAUAUCUCUAAGUGAUGAGAUGAAUGAAGACUUCAGAUCUGGUUCUGAAGCAUUUGAUUUGAUUGCACAAGAUGAAGAAGAAUUUAAUAAAGAGCAUCAGUUUAUACAGGAAGAAAACAUAGAUGCUCAUAACACUUCAUUUGCACUGGGCGAUACGUCCUGGGGAGCUACAAUUAAUUACAGUCUGUUGAGGAAAUCACAUAGCACAUCAAAUUUGGAUAAAGAUGAUGCCAGUUAUUUACGUCUAUCUUUAGGAGAGUUCUUUGCUCAAAGAUCUGAAGCUCUUGGUUGCCUUGGUGGUGGUAACAAUGUAAAAAGACCAUCAUUUGGCUAUUUUAUUAGAUCACCAGAGAAGAGAGAACCUGUUGCCUUGAUAAGAAAAUCUGAUGUAUCGAGAUGUAAUUCAGAAAGAGAAAUCGCUCAUCUUAACCAUGAUCUAUAUUCAGCGUACCAUUGUCAGAAACUUAUUUUUAUUACUGACAAUUUCUUCAUGAACAACAAACCCCAAAGAUACCAAGACAAGCUACCAGAUAGUGGUGAUUCUAUGCUUAGGAUCAGCACUAUUGCUUCAGCCAUCACAGAGGCAUCAGUUAAUGCUGAUCCUUCCCAACUUGCUGCUAUGAUCAAGGCACUUUCAAAUAAAACCAGAGACAAGACUUUUCAGGAAGAUGAGAAACUAAAGGACUGUUCUCAUGUGUGUCAUUUCUUACCUAAUGAUUUAGAAAAAAGUAAUGGAUCCAAUGCAUUUGAUAUGGAGAAAUAUCUUAGAAAAACAGAAAUUAGUAGAUUUGAAAAUGGAAUGGAAAACUUUUCAAGGGCUGGUAUAUCUGAUAUUUGGGAUUUAUCUUUGCCCAAAGAACCAACUGCUCAAGAUAUUCAUACAGUGGAUGUAAGUGCUACUAGUAUAAGUAUGAGGGAACCAGAAGAAAACACAGCAGCUGUUGUUCAUGUUGAAAAUGGGGAGAGUGAGAACCAAGAGUCAUUUAGAACUAUAAACUUUUCAAAUUCACUUACAAAUAUGAGAGAGAAUGGCAGUGCAAUAGUUGAUGUGAAGACAUGUUCCAUUGACGACAAAUUAGCAGAUGUUGGUAACAGUGAAAAAGCCACCUCAAUUUCUACUCCAUCUGAUAGUUAUUCAUCAGUGAAGAACCCCAGCAUAACAUCCCUUUGUCUGUUAAAAGACUGUGAAGAAAUACGAGAUAAUAGAGAAAAUCAGAGGCAGAAUGAGUGUGUCACUGAAACAAGCAGCAGUGAAAAGCAUGUGACUUUUGAAAACCAUUGCAUAGUCUCACCUAAAAAUAGCGAUUUGAAAAAGACCUCUCCUGAGCAUGGUGGACGUGGCUCAGAGGAUGAACAGGAGAGCUUCAGACCUUCCACAUCACCACUGAGUCAUUCUUCUCCUAGUGAAAUGUCCGGAACAAGUUCAUCAGGAUGCACGUUAGAGACCUUUGGUUCAGCAGCUCAGCAGCAGCAGCCUCCCUGUGAGCAGGAAUUGUCUCUCUUGGCCUGCUCGCCUGCUGGUAUGAGCAGGCUGACGUAUGUGUCCCAACCAGAGAGCUCCUAUCCUACCACAACCACAGAUGAUGGCCUGGAGGACUGCAAGAGUGAUAUCACCAGCGAGUUGAGCACCACAAUUAUUCAAGCCAGUCCAGCCCCAUUGGAGGAACGGGAUAUGGAAAAAUUGAGAGAAAAAGUUCCAUUUCAGAAUAGAGGGAAAGGAACAUUGUCAUCUAUUAUCCAGAACAACUCUAAUACUAGAAAAGCAACUGAAACUACUUCUCUGAGUAGCAAGCCUGAAUAUGUGAAACCUGACUUUAGAUGGAGUAAAGAUCCUUCCUCCAAAAGUGGAAAUCUGUUGGAAACCAGUGAGGUAGAUUUGACAUCAAACCCUGAGGAAUUGGACCCAAUCAGGCUGGCUCUCCUGGGCAAGUCAGGUCUGAGCUGUCAGGUGGGGUCAGCCACAUCACACCCUGUGUCCUGUCAGGAGCCUGUAGAUGGUGAUCGAAGAAUAAUUCCUAAAGAUAUGUCAACUGCUAGCCAUGAGUUCAGUGGCCGGGUUUCUCAUCAGACCACCUCUGAAAGCCAGUGCGCUCCUAUUCCCACAAGCACAGUUCAUGGUUCUGUGACUGACAUGCGGAGCAUGCCUGCUGCUCUGCAUGCAGUCUUGAUGCAACCCUCUCUCAGCACAGCUCCCUUCGCUCAGCAGUAUUUGGGAACUCUCCCUUCAGCUGGAAGUGCCGCCUUGCCUCAGUGCCAUGCUGGCAGUGCCACAGUCUGUGGCUUCUCAGGAGGCCUUCCCUAUCCAGCUGUUGGAGGAGAGCCUGUGCAGAACUCAGUGGCUAUGGGAAUUUGUCUAGGACCAAAUAUCAGCUCUGGAUGGAUGGGUACCUCUUCCGUCUGUAACCCAUAUUGUAAAUCCUUAAAUGAGAACCUGCUAAGCACAGCAAAACCUUUCCCUGUGCCGUCUGUUGGUACGAACUGUGGAACUGAACCAUGGGAUUCAGGAAUGACAUCAGGAUUGGGGAGUGUCCGAGUGCCUGAGGAGUUGAAGCUUCCUCAUGCCUGCUGUGUCGGGAUCGCUUCCCAGACCCUCCUCAGUGUGCUCAACCCAACGGACCGUUGGCUGCAAGUCAGCAUUGGGGUCCUCAGCGUUUGUGUUAAUGGUGAAAAGGUGGAUCUUUCAACACAUCAUUGUUUAGUUUUCAAGAAUAAAGUCAUCAUAAGACCUCAUGCCACAGAAGAGAUAAAAGUGCUUUUUAUACCAUCCAGUCCUGGGGUUUUCAGAUGCACAUUCAGUGUUGCUUCUUGGCCAUGUUCAACAGAUGCUGAGACUAUCGUACAGGCGGAAGCUUUGGCCAGCACCGUCACUCUCACUGCCGUUGCCGAGAGUCCUGCUAUUGAGGUAGAAACAGAAAAGAAAAAUGUUCUUGAUUUUGGUGACUUGACUUACGGAGGCUGGAAAUCCCUCCCACUAAAAUUAAUAAACCGGACGCAUGCCACUGUACCAAUUAGACUGAUUAUUAAUGCUAAUGCCAUAGCCUGGCACUGUUUCACAUUUUCCAAGGAACCCGUCCGAGCGCCUGCAGAAGUUGCUUCUUGCGCUGAUGUGGUCACUCGGCUAGCAGGCCCUUCUGUGGUCAACUGUAUGAUGCCUGCUAGUUAUGAUGGACAGGAUCCAGAAUUUCUGAUGAUUUGGGUUCUUUUCCAUACUCCAAAGAAACAGAUCAGCUCUUCAGAGAUUCUGGACUCAGCAGAAGAAUUCUUAGCAAAAGUUGAUAUAGAAGUUGACAGCCCAAACCCGACACCAGUUCUUAGAAGUGUGAGUCUCCGAGCAAGAGCAGGAAUAGCUAGGAUCCACGCUCCCAGGGACUUGCAGACGAUGCAUUUGUUGGCCAAAGUGGCUUCCUCAACAAAGCAGCACUUACCUUUGAAAAAUGCUGGGAACAUUGAAGUUCAUUUGGAUAUCAAGGUCCCAGAACAAGGAAGUCACUUUUCAGUGGAUCCUAAGAAUCUGUUCCUUAAACCUGGAGAAGAACAUGAGGUUAUUGUUUCAUUUACUCCAAAGGAUCCUGAAGCCUUUGAGGAAAGGAUCUUGAAAAUAUUUGUGCAGCCAUUUGGACCUCAGUAUGAAGUAGUGUUAAAAGGUGAAGUCGUUUCUUCAGAAAGUAAACCACUGCCACUUGGACCUUGCUUAGAUAUUCCAUCAAUUUUGUCCAACAAACAAUUUCUGGCUUGGGGAGGAGUCCCUCUUGGUAGAACACAGCUUCUGAAACUAGCUUUAAGAAAUAAUUCUGCAUCUACAACUCAACAUUUACGACUGCUUAUUAAAGGACAAGAUCAGGACUGCUUUCAGCUUCAGAACACUUUUGGUUCAGAACAGCGAUUGACCAGUAACUAUGAGAUCAGAAUUCACCCAAAGGAAGACAUUAUCAUCUCUGUAUUGUUUGCACCUACUCGAUUAUCUUGCAUGUUGGCUAGACUGGAAAUCAAACAACUUGGAAAUCGAUCACAACCAGGCGUUAAGUUCACAAUACCUUUGUCUGGAUAUGGAGGAACAAGUAAUCUUAUUUUGGAAGGCGUUAAAAAAUUAUCUGACAGUUACAUGGUAACAGUGAAUGGCUUAGUACCUGGCAAAGAAAGUAAAAUCGUUUUUUCUGUCCGCAACACUGGCUCCCGAGCAGCUUUUGUUAAAGCAGUAGGUUUUAAGGAUUCUCAGAAAAAAGUUUUGCUGGAUCCUAAAGUAUUGAGGAUUUUUCCAGAUAAAUUUGUACUCAAGGAAAGAACACAAGAAGAUGUUACUUUAAUAUAUAAUCCAUCAGACAGAGAAAUCAAUAAUAAAACUGCAACAGAACUAUCAACUGUAUACUUAUUUGGUGGAGAUGAAAUUUCAAGACAGCAAUAUCGAAGGGCCCUGUUACAUAAGCCAGAGAUUAUAAAACAGAUACUUCCAGAACGCAGUGUGCUUCAAAACAUUAAUUUUGCUGAAGCAUUUCAAGAUGAGCUAUUAAUAACUGAAGUAUAUGAUCUCCCCCAGCGGCCUAAUGAUGUUCAGCUUUUUUAUGGAAGCAUGCGUAAAAUUAUACUUUCAGUAAUUGGAGGAUUCAGGGAUUGCAUUUCUAGCAGAGAAUUCCUUCAGUCUUCUUCCAAAGCUAGCUUGGAAUCUACAAGCGACUUGGGAGCUUCUGGGAAACAUGGUGGCAACAUCUCUUUGGAUGUUUUACCAGUCAAAGGUCCUCAAGGUUCUCCUCUUCUCUCACAAGCGGCUUGCCCGCCUUCGGAUCAGCUGGCCUCUGAAGAGCCGUGGACUGUCCUCCCCAAGCACCUGAUUCUGGUAGCUUCUUCUCCUUGUGACAUGGCAAAAACUGGACGUUUCCAGAUUGUGAAUAACUCUGUGAGGUUAUUGAAAUUUGAGCUGUGCUGGCCAGCUCAUUGCCUCACAGUCACACCGCAGCACGGAUGUGUCGCACCAGAGAGUAAACUACAAAUUCUUGUGAGUCCUAAUUCCUCCUUAUCCACAAAACAGUCAAUGUUCCCGUGGAGUGGUUUGAUCUAUGUACACUGCGACGAUGGACAGAAGAAAAUUGUAAAAGUUCAAAUUCGAGAAGAUUUAACUCAAGUGGAACUUUUAACUCGUUUGACCUCCAAACCAUUUGGAAUUCUUUCCCCAGUAUCUGAGCCUUCAUUUAGUCAUUUGGUCAAACCAAUGACAAAACCACCUUCCACAAAAGUUGAAAUAAGAAACAAGAGUAUUACUUUUCCUACAACAGAACCUGGUAAAACUUCAGAGAGCUGUCUGGAACUCCAGAAUCAUGGCACCAUAGACGUGAAAUGGCAUCUGUCAUCUUUAGCUCCGCCUUAUGUGAAGGGAGUUGAUGAAAGUGGAGAUGUUUUUAGAGCCACCUAUGCAGCAUUCAGAUGUUCCCCUAUUUCUGGUCUACUGGAAAGCCAUGGGACACAAAAAGUCUCCAUCACAUUUUUGCCCAGAGGUAGAGGGGAUUAUGCCCAGUUUUGGGAUGUUGAAUGCCACCCUCUUAAGGAGCCUCACAUGAAACACACGUUGAGAUUCCAACUCUCUGGACAAAGCAUCGAAGCAGAAAAUGAGCCUGAAAACGCAUGCCUUUCCUCAGAUUUCCUUGUUAAAAUAGAUCAUUUAGUUAAGCCCCAAAGACAAGCUAUGUCAGAGGCUUCUGCUCGCAUUCCUGAGCAGCUUGAUGUGACUGCUCGUGGAGUUUAUGCCCCAGAGGAUGUGUACAGGUUCCUGCCAACUAGUGUCGGGGAAUCACGGACACUCAAAGUCAAUCUGCGAAAUAAUUCUUUUAUUACACACUCACUGAAGUUUUUGAGUCCCAGAGAGCCAUUCUAUGUCAAACAUUCCAAGUACUCUUUGAGAGCCCAGCAUUACAUCAACAUGCCUGUGCAGUUCAAACCAAAGUCCACGGGCAGAUUCGAAGCUUUGCUUGUCAUUCAAACAGAUGAAGGCAAGAGUAUUGCUAUUCGACUAAUUGGUGAAGCUCUUGGAAAAAAUUAACUGGAAUACAUUUUUGUGUAAAGUAAAUUACAUAAGUUGUAUUUUGGUAACUUUAUCUUUCUACACUACAAUUAUGCUUUUGUAUAUAUAUUUUGUAUGAUAAAUUGGAUGUCUAUAAUUGUAAAUUUUUUUGUUUUUGCAAGCUAAUACUGACGACUUGACUGAAAUAUCAUGUAUCUAGCCUACAGUAUUGUACUUAACUUUUACAGGUGAGAAGAGAGCUCUGUGUUUGUAUUGAUUAUGAUAUUCUGAAUAAAUAUGGCACAUAUUUUAAUGUGGUAUAUCCAGAAA